CUCUAUUGCGAUAAUAAACCACACUUUGUGAAUAGUAAUGGCGAUCGAUGGUUUGUUCGUAAUUUGCUGCAUUUUAUUAAACUUCUGUUCUGCGGAACAGAUAUGGCACUCUUAUCAGUUCGAGUCUGGAUACGCCAACCGAGAAGAAUUGGUCAUAACAAAAGUUACAACUGAUAAUAGCUUUGCCGCCGAUGGUAGCGUUUUGGCAUGGAAAACCUUGGCAGGUAACGGAAAAGUGUUCGGUGCUGGUUUGUUGGAUAAUGCCAUGGUAUUAUUAAAUGUGGAAUUAUCACAAGAUGGCAAAUCGUUUGUUGCACGACAGAAAGUGGCGGAAUUCCCUUGGAAGGUUACUGCAGUAGAAAUGUUCCAACAUUGGAACACUGAAACACGCAAAUUAGAGAUUAUACUCAUUUCGGCCAUUAUCAAUGACAACACCGCGGAAUUGAGGUGGUACAAACUUAACGACCUCGAUCUGGAACACUUCUGGACGUGGCCACUUCAGAAAAAGAUCUCGCAUAUGCAAUUUUUUCAGCUGGAAAGCGACAAAUGUAGACUUCUAAUCCUCAACGAUACAGCAGAUGUGUACGAAUUCAGCGUGAACUCCCUGACGUCCCCCCAGUUUUGGCUUUCGCAAACGCUACAACUUUCGUCUCCCGCAAACAGUUCGGCCAUUAAUUCUUAUGGUUCGGAUAUGUAUCUCUCCAUACCACAACAAAAGCAGAACGAAGUUCUGGUGUACAAACUAAUAAAGGACCAUUUUGAGUUUUGGAUUGCUAUCAGUAGUAACAAUGUAAAUCAGGUGGCCUCCUUUAAAAUCGGUUUCAAAUCCUUUUUGGCGAUUAACGGCGACACGCCCUCCAUUUAUAAGUUUGUUAAGGAUAAUAUCGAGUUAGAAAACGUGAAUGGUAUCCAUUUGACCAAUGUCGAAUUUUGGCUGCCCGUUCCCGUGAAGACCUACAGGGACGAAGUUGCGUUAAUUUUGCAACGCACCGUUGACCAUGACACGUACAAAUCUCAUUCUUUAGAGGCCGUUCUGUACGACGGACAUAAUUUUAAUAUGCACGAAGAGAUCCCCUGCUCAUUUUUUGGCGAGGCGGCGCACGGGCUGGAUUGUAUGGUCGACGAGGAUGGAUUCAAUGGAUUGUUAGGGGCGGCAGUUGUUUCCUUGAAAGACGUUUUAGGUAUUUUAGUGCCGCAUAAGAGUAAAACUAUCAUGUUUAUGGUCGAAACGGUCUUGAAGCAACGUAAAGGUCCUGUAGAAUUAGAAGUUGAGAAACUGAUUGAAACUAGACAACAGCUUCAGAAAAUGAUAUCGGAACAAAAAGCCCAAAUUGAAUCGAUUCAAAAACGUUUAGAAACGACCCCUCGUGAAGACGAUGUAGAUCGUGUCACCAUUUUGCCGGUGUAUCAAGAGGAGGUGACCACAGUUAUUGUACCGCUUCCAGAUGAUCAAGUAGUUCACGUCGGUGACCUAAAACAUCUAACUGAUGAUUUUGAAAAAAAUCUAAGCGAAACAAAAGCCGAAUUUGGAAAAAUUGCAGCUGAUAAUGAGGCAGAAAGGCGCUUUGGAUUAUUGAACGUGUACGGGGAUUUGCAAGCUUUGGGCUCCAUCUCAUUUCAAAACAUCAAUACUGAUCUAAUUAAUGAUGAAAGUGUUGAGGAAGUACUGCGUGACACAGUGCAAAAGAAUGCGGCGAAUAUAAUCUCAGGUCAUAAAACUAUCAAUAGUGCCAACAUUGGCAGCCUCACGUUUAGAGUGGCUAACGGAAUUAAUUCCGAAGAUUUGUUGUACAAGACCGAUCAGCCUCUAAGAUUAAAUGGGCGAUUGGUAUUUGAAAAUCAGGUGGAGGUAUUUGGCGAUGUUACGACCACACACGGAAACGUAAACGACAUUCGCCUAAUGAACGAAGUGGUCGAAAUGAAAAGGACAUACAACGAUACUUUCGAGUUUGAACACGUAAUCGUAACAAAAAAAUUGAACACUUCCCAGGCGAAUAGUUUUCGGAUUCAAAAAAGUUUCGCAGAGAUCGUCGGGGACGUCGGUUCAAAAGUGGAAACCUUAGAUUUGGAUUCGGUUGAAAUGCUUGGAGAUAUUACCGUUGAAAAUGUCAACGGGGAGAAUUUCGAAUUGUUCAAAAAGUCUCUCCGUUUAAGAGAUGUCGACAGUUACAUUCCUGGGGAGACGUUUAUGGCUGAUAAUGUAAUCAUUACUGGAGCAAUCGACGCCCAGUACUUGAAUGGAGUCAAGUUCCCGGAGGACCACCUAUUCACAAACUCCGAAUUUAGCACAAUUACAGGCCAAAAAAACUUCUUGAGUCCGUUGCACGUGGAACAGCUCAUCAUUGAGGGUAGUCUUAAUGGAAUCAGACCAGACAACAUUGUAACGCUUUCCACUAGUCAGUCGUUACCGGGAAACUUCCUUUUCACUGAUCUUGAAGUUACGGAGGUUAUUAAUGUAAAGGAUGAGGUUAACAUAACAGGAUCAUUUAUGGAAAAAUUCUUGCCCAAUCCUGGUCUGUUGGAGACUAACAGGAUUAGCGCGAGAGCCAAUUUUAGAUCCCUAAUUGUAGAGGGCAGUGUUAUUGUAUCGGAGAACUACAAUAAUAAGAACCUGCAAGAUCUUCUCCAGGAUGUCAUUUAUCUGACUGAUAGUUACGCACAUGUUACCUCAGUUAAAAACUUUACGAAGGGGCUUUCCGUUAGCAAUGGUAUCAUAUCGACGUCAGAGCGUGUUGGUGGCAUCCCACUUUCUUCCAUCAUCACCACGAACACUGAGCAAACAAUUUUAAUGCAGACAUUGAAUGGUGCCGUAGUCUUCCAGAAUCUCCUAGUGCAGGGGUUAUACUCAGGCAUCAAUAUUACGAAACUGGACCUAGAAACAGUGAAGCUUAGCGGUGAUCAGUUUUUGCCGGCCACUCUUGUAUUCGAAAAUGAUGGUCGAAUGGUUGAUUUGACAGCGACCAAGAUGGAAAUAUCAGGCACGUUGAAUGAAUUUCCCGUUGCCAAUUACUUUUACGACACCGAUGGAAGUGAAAGAGAUAUGGAAAUUAAUUUGAUAGACUUUUCCAAAAUACAGGCGCGCAAUGUUAUUGUGGAAGGGAGCCUGGCGGGAUCAAUAGACAACUUCUCUCUUGAGGAAUUUGACAAAAGACGCUUAAGCGCGACAAGACAACAAACAAUCUCUGCUAAAUACACAGCGGGGCGUCUCCACGCGGAGAACCUAAUUGCCAAAUGGGUUAAUGGGGAAUUAUUUGAGAAACUCUUCGACCGUGACUACUACUUAGAUCUGAUAUCGGAUAAAUUCGUUGCCGGCGACCUGUUUGUGAAAAAUAUCAACGUGAUCGGAAACUUGUCAGUGGAACAAGUUAUUAACGGAGAAGACGUUACUGAGCUUGUCAAAUCGCCCGUUUGGACCGACAAAAACAACAAUUUCACCGAAGUCACUUUCGCUGGGGACCUCUUCGUCAAUCAUUUCAAUUUAAAGCACUUCAAUGGAGUGCCCUUUAAACUGUUCACCGAUAAUGUGAUCUACAAAGAUGAAAAAAAUCCGGUCAUUACCGGUUUUAAGAAUUUCGUAAACGGUUUUCGCGUCACAAGGAUGCUCAAUUCGGAAUAUUUGAAUGGCAUUCACGUGGAUAACAUUUUGAUGAAAACCGGAGAACAGGCAGUAAAGGGACCGGUUACUAUUACUGGAAACGUAAUUGUUAAUUAUGAUACUGUGGUGGACGAGGGGCUCAAUGGUGUUCCACUGUCUUAUUUACGGGACGUUUACCAUUCGGAAAAUAACACUUGCGUUAUAAAUGGUGAAUCACAUUUAUUGCCAUAUGAUACUCUUAAACAAGCUUACUAUUUUAACUAUUUUAAUUAAAAAU